AAUUUACAUUUGUGGGUGUAUCAGGUUAGCAGAUUUCCGAGACUUCCGGACGAGCCUGGAACGUAACGUCAUUGCAUUUGCAUUUUUCCUGCCUGGCAACGAACCAAAGCGCUUCGUCACCUCCCUUCGCAAAUCCCACGCGCCAAAUUUCGUUCGCAGGCGAUGCCCGCCUUUUUAAAGUUCUGAUGGACGGAGACACAAAGGGAAGAAAUCACUUCAAGGGAGAUUUACAUGCGCAUCACACAAAACAUUGGUUUUUACAUAUCUAACACCUAAACUUUCUUAUCUAUACACGUAGACGACCCAAAUGGAGCUCCCAGAUGCGGUGCAGCCGAGAUCCGAAAGCAUCGGAGGGAUGGCGAUGGAGAGCGUGGGAAGAGAGAUGAAACCGGAGGUGGCAACGGCGAAGGUUCUUGUGAAGAGGGAGGAGGAGGUGGAGGAGGAGGUGAACAACACGCUUGAUCUUGCAUUCUGUAGAGGCGAUGACAAGAACAGUACUUCGGCAAUGAAUAACCCUAGCGCCAGCACUCAGCUCACCAUUUUCUACAAUGGAUCUGUGAACGUCUUUGAAGCAGUUCCUCCAGAGAAGGCGCAAGCGAUCAUGCUUAUAGCUGCUGCGGCCGCCGCCGCCACCGGGGGACUUUCGGGAAACAACGCGAGCGUGAGCAGGAUUCCGGCCAUGCCAAGCACCGCUGUCGCGGCCUCACCUGCUCUAACGAGAUCUCUUUCACAGCAGAGCUCUUCAACAGCGGCUUCUCCACAGCCACCUCAGCUUCUCACAAGCUCUUCUGCAUAUCUUUGCAAGCUGCAAACUGAGCUGCCUGUAGCGCGGAGGCACUCGCUCCAGCGAUUCCUCGAGAAGCGUCGCGAUAGGUUUGCGAGCCGAAGUCCCUAUGGUUCAGAAAAGAAUUUUGAAAGCGUGGAAGUUAGCAUGAAUGCGAAGCCUGAACUAAAGCUUGCGGUGGACUUCGCUGUGGCGGAAUAGAAAACCCCUCACUCCUCAAUUUGUCGAUAUUAUCCUGCUUCUGGGAUGAUCGGAACUGUGCUUCGCUUUAAUUAUUUUGAUGUAAUUGAACACUGUGAGAUGUCUUCUUUGUUGCCCAAUGUUUUAGCGGACAGUCCAUUAACUUUGAUUGUGUUGCAUCUCUAAGUGUUAUUUUAUUUCAUUGAGGCGUUUGCAUGACUACCA